CACGCACACAACGCGACGUGACGUCGAACGACAGGGCGGGGCCAAUUGUGGGCGAGUUUGUCACGUGACCCCUCGCGAGCGUCCUUAAACCAGUGGCGCGAGCCUUUCUGCACACGAAGCAUUUCCUUUGUUAACUUUUGCACCUUUUAACGUGUCACUUUCACGGCGGAUUUAAGGACUGCAAGAUGAGUUUCCGUGCCAAAGUGAGACAUGGCCGAGCUAAGAACAACGAGAACGCAAAAGUGGGCGUCAAGAGCUUUUUCUCGCAAGCGCCUGAGUCCUCGAGUUCUUCCAGGACAAAGUUGCAAGUCCUCCAGCCCUUGUCAGUCAACAGUGAUUUGGGAAAGUCGACUCAGGCGGGAAAGGGUGCCAUCCCCAAACGCAAACAGUGGCUUGACCAGCAAAGCAGAGGUUUGAAAAGGGUGAAGGUGGAAGUGAAGUCAACACAGACUGAAGAGGUUUCUGCUUUGAACGAUGAUGCCUACGAGCUUAUGAUCAAAGAAACGCCUCCUCCUGCUUACUGGAAGGAAAUGGCAGAAGAGCGUCGCAAGGCUUUGUUUGAUGUUCUACAGGAGAAUGAGAAGCUGCACAAAGACAUUGAGGCCAAAGAUGAGCAAAUUGCUCAGCUGAAGAGCAACAAUGAGGAGCUUCGCGAGCUGGCCGAUCACGUCCAGUACAUGGCCGACAUGAUUGAGAGGCUGACUGGCAAGGGACCAGACAACCUGGAGGAACUGAAGGGCCUUGCACUGAAUGAAGAACAAGGGCAACGUGAUGUGGCAGAAGAUGAAGAUGAUGGUAAGGAACAUGAAGAUUACAGUCAUAUUGAGGCAGAGGAACAAACUUCAGAUGAUGUGAAUGAAGAGCAGCAGCAGCAUUAACUCUACCCAAGGUAUAUGAGAGGCAUGUCCAAAAUGGCUCCAAAUAAAGUAUUUCUUUUCUCCAAUUGAAAUGAAUUUUAAAACUGUUGAAAGUCCGUAGGAGUGGCGUCCUCCAAGAGCAAAUCACUACUUUUUUUUUUUUUUUUUUUCAUUUGCUGGGGGGCACUUGAAUGUUUUGAUGUACAUGCUGUAUUUUAAAAUAAAUGUUUUACACACCGUCUAAUGUCAUGUUCUACACAUCUGCAAAGGUCAAGUUUUUGACAGUGGUUUGGACUGUUUGCUGCGGUCGUAUGGUGGCAAUUUGACAUGACACUGAUACUUGCACGCUAGCAUGUUGUGUUUGAGCAAUUGUUUUCCAAAUAUGAAAAUGAGCAAAAACCGGGCUCAAUUCAGAGUGGUGUGGUGUUUUGUUCAAGAUGUCUGUUGUUGAGCAAGGAAAACGAAGAUGUGGAGUAAUAGUUGGUUCUUUAUUUGCACGAUCUUGGGUUGUCUCAUGGCAGUCAGUACACGAUGCACGUCAACAAAUGAAAAACAACCAGGUCAGACUCCAGAUCAGAAGGUUUUAUACUUUCCGCAAGCAGGAAUAUGGGAGGGAAAAAGAAGGGAAAACGUAUGGUCAUAAAAAUGUCUUAUCUACUGAAUGUAUCAAUGUGUCAAGACGUUAAUGAGCUCUGCCUUGUGUAAUGGAAAAGUUUCCAAGCUGUAUCAGUGUCCUGAUUGAAUAACUGUGCAUAAAUUAAUCAGAGUAUUUAGACAUCGCUGUUGCUCCCUCUUCAGUGGUUAAAAAUAUAGCGACUAAUUUGAAUAUUUUCCGACCCACUUAUCGCAUAGCAGUAAGGUUGACAUUUGCGUGAAACUGCCGACGCCACAGGCAGAAGACUGCACGUUUUCUGCCUCAUUGGGAGCCUAUUUUCCCUCAACCUGAUCUAUUUUUGUUUUCUCACGCAGUAUGAUCCCAUUUCAACAGACGAUAAUAGCAUGACAAAAUGACAGAGAAGGCAUAAACUCUGCCCUCUUUUCGUAGUGUGGAAGCGAGCAAUUUCCAUCAGCACGUAAGAGUGCACG